GUGCUCUGGGCUGCGCCCCAGGAGCUGGGCGUCUGAACCAGCUAUUGAUUAAGGAUGAGUCUCCAGUGGACUGCUGUUGCUACGUUCCUUUAUGCCGAGGUCUUUGCUGUGUUGUUGCUCUGCAUUCCUUUCAUUUCUCCUAAAAGAUGGCAGAAGAUCUUUAAGUCUCGCCUGGUGCAACUGGUGGUGAGCUAUGGUAACACCUUCUUCGUGGUCCUCAUUGUUAUUCUGGUUCUGCUUGUCAUUGAUGCCGUGCGGGAGAUCAGGAAGUAUGAUGACGUGACAGAGAAGGUGAACCUGCAGAAUAAUCCUGGGGCCAUGGAGCACUUCCACAUGAAGUUGUUCCGGGCCCAGAGAAACCUCCACAUCGCUGGCUUCUCUCUGCUGCUGUCUUU